UAUAUUCAUUCAUUUCUAAAUUUUUGUUUUAGGUAAGUUAAUUUUAUUUUUAUUUUUUCACCUUUUGUAAUUUUACAAAUCAUUUAUGGUGUUAAAAUUGAAAGUAUAGUAUGUGACACAGCUUGGCAUCUCAUUUGAAGUAGCCUGCUGUUUAGGACAGCGUGCUCUCAUUGUUUACAUCAAGACUUUGCUACCAUGUGACUGGAUCAGUGCGUGCGGUUCAGAGUUUGAAGUCUAAAACCUUUCACCUCAAAUAUAAGCUGAAGUAUGUGAGCACGACUGCAGAACAGACACACCUGUACAACACUCCCCUACUACUCCACAGGAUUUCACACUUCUCUUAUGGAUAAUUAAAAUUAUCAUCAAGAUGGUUCUGAAGUAAUCACACCGUGAGAGUUGAAGACAUGGAAAAUAUGAGACGAAGGAACUCUCUUGUCUCCAACACACUGGAGCUUCAGCCCAAAACCAGCAGUGCCAUUCGCCGCAGGUUCUCUGGGCCACUCCUGCUUCCACCUUUGGCCCGCAGACACCCCAUCUUGGAUGCCAAGAAGUUAAAAGACCUAGAAGCACUGUAUAAAUCGGCCCUGGCCUGUGCAGAUGCCCAAAAAGAAACAGAUUUCGAUGUGGAAAAUGGGUUGUCAAUCGGGCGCAGUCCAUUGGACCCCAGUCCGAGCUCAGGACUGGUUCUCCAGGCCAACAGCCAGAGACGAGAGUCUUUCCUUUACCGCUCAGACUCGGAUUUCGACCUGUCGCCCAAGACGAUGUCCAGAAACUCCUCGACAGCCAGCGAGCUUCAUGGGGAGGACAUGAUUGUAACGCCAUUUGCUCAGGUUCUUGCCAGUCUGCGAACAGUGAGGGGUAACGUUGCAGCUUUAACCCACGUGCAAGAUAGAAGCAACAAGAGACUGUCAGCCUCUAACCCUCAGUCUGCCUGUAAAACAAGCCUGUCCGAUGAGACAUAUCAGAAACUCGCUGUCGAGACACUUGAAGAGCUGGAUUGGUGUUUGGACCAGCUGGAGACCCUACAAACACGCCACUCUGUCAGCGAAAUGGCCUCCAAUAAGUUUAAAAGAAUGCUCAACAGGGAACUUACUCAGCUGUCAGAGACCAGCCGGUCAGGAAACCAAGUGUCGGAGUUCAUAGCAAGCACAAUUUUACAAAAACAGCAUGACGUGGAGAUUUUGUCAGCAGCAUGUAAGGAGGAGAAAAAACGCCGUCCGAUGUCUCAGAUAAGUGGAGUGAGAAAACUGAGCCCCAGUCCGAGUCUCCCUCCAACAUGCAUCCCUCGAUUUGGUGUCAACACACAACAUGAGAGCCUCCUGGCCGAGGAGCUUGACGACAUCAAUCGAUGGGGUAUAGAUAUUUUUAAGAUAGCAGAGUAUUCUGGGAAGCGUCCUCUGACAGUCAUAAUGUACACCAUUUUUCAGGAACGAGAUUUGCUCAAGACCUUUAAGAUCCCAUCAGACACCUUCUUAACUUUCCUCAUGACUUUGGAGGAUCACUACCACGCGGACGUGGCCUACCAUAACAAUAUCCACGCAGCAGAUGUUGUGCAGUCCACACACGUUCUUCUCUCCACUCCUGCCCUAGAGGAUGUGUUCACAGACCUUGAGAUCAUGGCUGCUCUGUUUGCGAGUGCUAUUCAUGAUGUUGACCAUCCAGGAUUCACUAACCAGUUCCUCAUUAACACAAACUCUGAGCUCGCUCUCAUGUACAAUGACGCAUCAGUGUUGGAGAACCAUCACUUGGCUGUGGGCUUCAAGCUUCUCCAAGAGGAGAACUGUGAUAUCUUCUGCAAUCUCAGCAAGAAACAACGACAGUCCCUACGACAGAUGACCAUAGAUAUGGUAUUAGCCACUGAUAUGUCCAAACACAUGAACUUCCUGGCUGACCUGAAGACAAUGGUGGAAACUAAAAAAGUGACCAGUCUGGGAGUCUUGCUGCUGGACAACUACUCCGACCGGAUACAGGUGCUUCAGAAUAUGGUUCACUGCGCAGACCUCAGCAAUCCCACAAAACCCCUGGAGCUCUACAGACAGUGGACAGAUCGCAUCAGGGUGGAGCUCUUCAGACAAGGGGACCGUGAGCGUGACAAGGGCAUAGAAAUCAGCCCCAUGUGUGACAAACACACAGCUUCUGUGGAAAAAUCUCAGGUGGGAUUCAUCGAUUACAUUGUCCAUCCUCUAUGGGAGACAUGGGCUGAUCUGGUCCAUCCCGAUGCUCAGGACAUUCUAGAUACAUUGGAAGACAAUCGUGAAUGGUACCAGAGCAUGAUCCCACGCAGCCCGUCACCCACCCCUGAAGAGCAGGACUCACGGGUCACGCUGGGCAUCGCAGGCUCGGCCGGGGAAAAGUUCCAGUUUGAGCUGACUCUGGAGGAAGAGGACGGAGAGCUAGAGGCUGAAGAAGAGCUCACAGAUAAAGACCUAUCAAGGACUAUGAUGGACCCCAGGCAUGCGCAGACGUCCCCUCAUGGAGUCGCUCCUGUUUUAGACAGCAGCGAAAGAGAAACGACCAGCGUAUCCAUUCUGCAGUUGGAAACUUAACAAGGCCCAGGACUAACAGUGCUGCUUCACUUGUGUUUCUUUAGUUGCACUUAGAAAUAUUUUGGGGUUGAGUAAAACAACCAUACACUAAAAACUAAAAAGACAUUGGUUUACCUGACCAAAUAGGCCUGUAUUUUAAAGCUAUAUUGUGUCCCAGACACAAACUUUUGCAUAAGGAACGAGGCCGAAGGUGUAGAUGAAUGUUUUCGUGUGAGAGUCGCAUAGAGAAACAUGAGUCUUCCCUUGAGUGACUGUCCAUGCCAACUGCAGAGGAAAGCUGAUUUACUCAUUAUGUGAACUUUUUCACUCGACUCUAGGAUAUUUAUUAUCUUGAACCUUUUUAAUAACGGAUAACUUAAUGCUUUUGCUUUUUUUGCCACUGAGAAAGAACUUAGUCGAAUGAAACGGUACAGGUGCGAGAAAUAUUAAGGCAAGACACCACAAGUGAAUGGAGGAAAACAUAUUAACUAAUAGAUCACCAUACUUCUCCAGCUGAUUAAUCACAGUGCAUUAGUAAUAAUAAUAAUAAUAAUAAUUUUGUAUUACAAGUUUUUAAUGUUAUGUUAGAAAAUGUAAAUUAAGCAUUAUAUAAUUAAAUUAUGCACUAAUUUGCUUAUAUUUCCAGAACAGAAAUCAGAACAUUGAUUCAAAGUUCUUAAUUCGUUGUAAAAACAUUUCUCUGUAAAGACUUAACAGAGUUUUUACAGAUGAGAUUUUGGUUUUCUCUUUUCAUCACUCCAUAAAUCAGAAAAUUCUGUCAACAGACAGAAAAAAAUAAAUAAAAAUAAAAAUAAGCUCAACAUGUUUUUAGAAUUAUUUAUAAAUAUAAAUAAGGCGAUUACAGACUGUAAAGCUUAGUGUUUAUAAGUGAUACUAAAGUGAACAUUUCUGGCUCAGUGUUUAAAAAUAUCCUUUGUAAUGGAAAUCUACAGACAUAAAAAGAUAAAAUGUUAUAAAUAAACACUUAAAUCUGUAUUUUGGAUGUUUUCUUUCCACUAGUCUGAAAAAAAUGCAUGUUAUAUAAAAGCAAAUUGUAAAAAAAAAAAAAAAAAAAAAAAAAAAAAGUUGCUUGUAGUGUCUUGCCUUAACGGGUUAGCGACAAGAUUGUUAUGGUUAACAACCUCAGGAUAAUGUUGAUUUCUUUUUAAUGUAGCAAGACUCCAAAGUGCAGUCACUAAACUAUCUGUUUAUAAUCUUGUUUUGAACAAAGAAGAAAAAAUGUAAUCUAAAAGCCAAAACAUUGGGCUCAUUAGACGACCGUACGGAGAAUCCCUUUACAAGCGUCUUUGUACUGAAAUACCUUUAUACCUCUUGACACAUUAGCACUCUGUAGACAUAAUGAUCAUAUUAAUAGAAACAGGGUUGAUAUUUAAACUGAUUUAUGAAUAAAUUUGAAUGAUGACAGAUGUAAGCCCCCUAAACUCGACACUCGUGAGUGAAACAGUGUUUUAUAGCUGUGCCCGUGAUUGUAAAAUUGGAGACUGCCUCCACUGGGUGCUAUCAAAAGCUGAAGUGGAUCCCACAUCUUCCCCAAUUUUAUUGUUUGAUGGAUUUAAAUGGGAAGUUCUGGUCUAGAUCAGCACAAACAACCCUUACUCUGAACCAGACGCAUGUCCACCUCACAUAAAGGGCUGUGGCUAACUGAUCCGUAUCUCAUAAGAUCCUGUUCUCAUACUGUCAUCAUUUUCAGAGAUCUUUGCCUCAGUAUAUUCCAUAAAUAUGAACCUGUUUAUAUACAGUCAGAAGCAUGCUUACAUAGGAGGAGAAGUGUGCAAUUUAAUUAUUUUAAUUUGAAUAUAGUGUACUAAACUGGGGUCAGAGAAAAUUGGGUACCAAAUUGACCAAAUUUUAAAUGACUAUUUCAUUAUAAAUUCUUCUGAUGGUUGGAAAUUAUGAGAUUAAUCACAAUUAUUGUUUGGGUAGAGCAUAUGUAAUCAUUCUGCUAUAUAUAAAGAAUAUUUUAUUUAUUGGGGUUUGACUACCUCUAUUUCUGACCAAUCACAGAUUGGGAUGUGUUUGGGAAACCUGUUUGAAAAUGAUUAUUUUUAUAUACAGUAGCCCAGAAAUGAGACACUUCAUCUUUUGUUUGUUAAGAAUAUGGAACCAUGAUUAUUUUAUAAUGAAAAAUAUUCCCUACUUAAGAGUAGUCAGCAGUGCUGAAGAGAUUCUGUAGCCAGAUUGAUGCUAAAAGUGCCAUUUCAUCCAGUAGCCCUGGCCACACUCGUUCUCAGAGAUCAGAAAAGCCAGUGUAGAGCCUUAAAGCACAUCCCUUUAGCUUCAGUGCCAUUAAAGCAGUGACUGUGAAACAUUCAUGGUGUCUGAAAUUAAUUUUGCUGUAUGAUAUAAAAAAAAAAAAAUAUGUCUUCUUCUCUGUACUUAUGUGUAGUAAAAUUAUAUGUGUCCUCUGUGUGUUAUAUUAAUGAUAUUGUUAAAGAUAUUUGUUCAGUUUGUUUACAGGUCGAGGUCACAUGUUUCAGAUAAAGUUGGUUUAUCACAGUGUUUCUUGUUCUCCACUGUCACAACCAAAAAUACUCAAUUUUUAAUUCAGAUUGUUCUGAAUUGCCAAUAAAAGUAAUUAAA